CGCCCGCGGGCCCCGCACUGCCGAGGAGCAGAGCCUCCGCCGGGCUGCCCGUGUUUCUGGCUGGCUGCCUCCCAGCUGCGCGUCCCUGCCUCACCCGCGGCGGGGCCACCCGUGGCGUGGGGUCUUCCCUGGCGGAGGAGCAGCCACCUGCCGCGCUUCGCAGCUUCUCUGCGUCUCGGCUUUCGGGGCGCCCCCCUUUUCCUGUCUUCUCUGUGCACCCUGCUUUUUCCAGUGUUUUGCUUGGGGUUCGAGGCCGUCUGUUUUUGCGCCCCUUAUCGUCUUGCUGCUAGGCGGUUUGCGAGGUGAGGCCAAUUCACACCCUUCCCUUGUUAUCGCCUCCGGCUCACAGUCCUCCCCGCGGUUGGGGGCCUAGGAUCCGCGCGCCGCCGCGUUGCCAGUGCCCCGCAGCGCGUGGCCGUGCACCUCGGGAUCCGCAGCGGCUGCCGCCCCGGGGGGUCCCCCUCGCCCCCGCCGCCUUCGCUGCCCGCGCGCCCCAGUGCGUGGCGGUGUCCGCGCGCGGCUCCCCCGCUUCUCCGCAGCCCCCCGCCCCGCGCCGGGACUCGCCCCUCGCCGCCAAGAUGGUCAUCCAAAAAGAGAAGAAGAGCUGCGGGCAGGUGGUUGAGGAGUGGAAGGAGUUCGUGUGGAACCCGAGGACGCACCAGUUCAUGGGCCGCACCGGGACCAGCUGGGCCUUCAUCCUCCUCUUCUACCUCGUCUUCUAUGGCUUCCUGACAGCCAUGUUCACCCUAACCAUGUGGGUGAUGCUACAGACCGUCUCUGACCAUACCCCCAAGUACCAGGACCGCCUGGCUACACCAGGCUUGAUGAUUCGUCCAAAGACUGAGAAUCUUGAUGUCAUUGUCAACAUCAGUGACACUGAAAGCUGGGACCAGCAUGUUCAGAAGCUCAACAAGUUCUUGGAGCCUUACAAUGACUCCAUCCAAGCCCAGAAGAAUGAUGUCUGCCGUCCUGGGCGCUAUUAUGAGCAGCCGGAUAACGGAGUCCUUAACUACCCGAAACGCGCCUGCCAGUUCAACAGGACCCAGCUGGGCAACUGCUCUGGCAUAGGGGACCCCACCUACUAUGGUUACAGCACUGGGCAGCCCUGUGUCUUCAUCAAGAUGAACCGGGUCAUCAACUUCUAUGCGGGAGCAAACCAGAGCAUGAACGUCACCUGUGCUGGCAAGCGGGAUGAAGACGCUGAGAAUCUCGGCCCCUUUGUCAUGUUCCCUGCCAAUGGCAACAUCGACCUCAUGUACUUCCCCUACUACGGCAAAAAAUUCCACGUGAACUACACGCAGCCUCUGGUGGCUGUGAAGUUCCUGAACGUGACCCCCAAUGUGGAGGUGAACGUGGAAUGCCGCAUCAACGCCGCCAACAUCGCCACAGACGACGAGCGAGACAAGUUUGCUGGCCGCGUGGCCUUCAAACUCCGCAUCAGCAAAACCUGAGGCCCUUCCUCUCCCCACCUCUGUCCCGUGGAUGCUUCUGGAAUGUCUCUGACCCCGCCUGACCCUCCCUCACCCACCCCAAAGGUAUUUUUAUAACAGAGCUCUGGCUUGGCUAGUCUCACAUCCUUUUCCUGGCUUCUCCAAGCAGCCUGAUGUCCACUGUGAUCCCCUGGUGCCCACAUGGUCCGCCAUCUCCCAUCCUGAGCUCAGCCCAAGAAGGAGAUGGGCUGCCUAAAUGACCACAGAGAGUUAGGAGUCUUUCUCGCUGUGGCUUGGCUGUCAGUGGGGUGUCCCUGCAGCCCCGCCUCUGCUCCAGCGCCCGAGAGCCACAGGACAUGUCCGCUUUCCCAGCCACUGUACAGGCUCCUCUCUUCUGCCCUUUGCUGCCCACAGGUGGACAUAGCCUUCCCUCCCAUUCUUCAGCUCCGCCUCCAUACCUUUUCUCUUUUAUACUUCUUCCCUGCCUCCUGCAGUUCUCACCUGCUGAUUUUAACUUCUCAGUUCCUCCAGGGGAUUUUAACCCCCCUUCCCUGUCUUUGUUUGGUUCUCUGAAGAGCAGCCAUCUAUAAUUGAGGACAAGUUGGUUCCCGGCCUUUUCCCUACCCUUGUGGUGACUGUGAGCUGGGGAAUGAGGGAAUGAGAGAGAGGUCCUGUUGAUUUCAUUUAGAAAGUUCUCUAGUGGCCCCUGACUCCAGUUUCUUCUCGGUCCCUCCGUCAUCCAAAGAGCCACUACUCAGAGAGAGGCGGCUUGACCUAGGCUGAAUAUCCACUUUGUUUUUACCAAUGGCUCCCUUCCCCCCUUUGCCUUCCCAGAAUAUCCUUCAAGAUCCACUUCCCAGGGAGCCUUGGGGGAGGGCCGCCGUCCUGGCUCUGUCCCCAGGGGCCACCUUGGAGACAUCAGCUGGCUGGGGGGGGGGACUGGCCCACCUCCCUCGGAGCCCAACCUGCCCCCACUGUCCUUCUCCUCCCUCCGGGUCCUCCUAGCAAACACCCAGCAGAUCACCGACUGCUUCCCUGCCCUGUGCAUGCCAGCCUGAAAGUUUCAGACGCUCCCCUCCAUCUGUGCUCUGAAUUUCUUGGCUCCAUUUCUUUCAGACCUUUUUGCCUUUAAAAAAAUAAAUAAUGCCCAUAGAAUGUUAAACGAGGGCCUCCUGUUCUGAGGAUCCUUCAGUGAUGGAGGCAUGUUAACUCUUCCUUCCCUGGCUUCCUGUCUCCUCCUCACCCUCAGCAACCUCCCUUUUUCUCUGUUAUGCUGCAGUCUCCUACGCCACCUCCAAACGGAACCUUUCCUGUCCCACUUGGCUGGAUCUCUAUCUCUUCCUGCUGCGCGCCCAUGUCCCCUGCACUGCCCUCUCCCCAGGGGUCUCUCUGCAGUUAUUUAAUGCCUGUGUCAGAUCUGAAAAAAAAAAAAGAAAAAGAUAAAGUACAAUAAAAUGAGAGUAAUUAUAUAUAUAUAUAAAAAUAUAUAUCAUACACAGA